AUGUGUUUUGCAUCUCAUGCACCCAGUAACGUGGAGAGGGCGGCAAAUGAAACUUUGCCACCCACUCGUGUCACAACAUCAUCAUCUUUGACGUCUUGUAUCCUGGCGAUACUACUUUAUCCAGAGGUGCAGAAGCAUGCGCAGGCAGAGAUCGAUGCCAUCGUGGGUCAGGACCAAUUUCCCGCGUUCAACGACAGAGACAAGCUUCCAUACAUCGGAGCCCUCAUCCAAGAGCUCCUUCGCUGGGCACCUGUGGCUCCACAAGGGCUCUUGCACCGCGCGAUGAAGGAAGAUGUCUACGAAGGGUACCGCAUACCGAAGGGUGCAACCGUCAUCGCGAACAUUUUUUCCAUAUCACGGGAUGAAAAAAUGUACCUCGACCCAUUAGAAUUCAGGCCUGAACGCUUCCUCGGUUCCUCCCCUCAAUUGGACCCACGCAAGUUCAUUUUUGGGUUCGGGCGCCGUAGAUGCCCUGGUGCGCAUCCUUUACACGACACUAUCCAAGCAGCCACUGAACGAUGGGAUCUUAUUCCAGGUGCGUUCACGAUCGCCAAACCGUUGGAUGCAAGAGGGGAAGAGAUCACACCUCCUAUAGAGUUCGAGAAUGUUGGUGUAUUCUGGUAA